GUAGGCUAUCGCAACUUUGCUUUUCAUAACAUAUUUUUCAGGAAAUUUUGGUUCAGUCUGUGUACCUGCCAGGAGAAGCACAGACGCUCUCACUAAAGACCCAUCUUUAGAUACCAUUAAUUUACAUUCUUGUUAUUCUAUCUUCAGAAGACCAUAUCCGGCGUUACCAUGAACAACCUGAAUGAUCCCCCAGAAUUGAACAUCAGACCCGAUGAGCGAGGGGACGGGGGCAGUAAUAAAUGGAAUUACGCCCUUAUUGUCCCCCUGCUCGGCUUGGCUGCCUUUCGGUGGAUCUGGGACACUUACAAGAGGAAAAUCCAGCAAAUAAAGGAGGACGAGCGUCACCGUGUCCAACAGGAGACAGAGGCAAUGGAUCUGCUGAAAGACAUCAAGCAGGACCUGAUGGAGCGGCAGCACAUCUACUGUAGUAAAUUUUCUCGGAAAAGCCGCCGACUGGAGAUGGAGAAGAAACUUCUAGACAAGGUGGCCAAGAAACCUUUGGCCCAGGAGCUGAACAUAGAGGAUAACCUCAAGGACAUUUUCAGGAAUGAUCGGCACUGUGCUUGCUUCGGAAACAGAGACAAGCGCAACAACGGCAGCCUGAUGUGGGUCUAUCUGAAAAACUGGGAGCAGUACGUGAAGCAGCAGACAGAGCAGAAGAGGGUGGAGUGCUCGAUGGGCGCCGCUCCGCCAGACCAGGACCCAGCUGGGAGCAGGACAAGAACUUAACAAAGGAAAGAAAAGCAGAUGUUUCAACAUACAAGGUGGGGAAAACGGCGUGUGUGGGAGCCAUUUAUAACUUUGGGGUGUAUUAUGGAUUUCGGCCACUGGGGGAUGUAUUGCAUGGAGUGGUCUGAUCACGUGAAGACAGGUGGGGAUGAAUAGGUGUUUUCCAAUUGGACGGUGCGGAUGGUGGAGGUGGUUCUUACCGUAGCACCUGUAAGGGAGCAUGGCAUGGACAGCACGCCGCCAGCACAUAAGUUUGUUAUGUAAAAGCAAAAGGUCCUUUUAUGUCAACCGAAGGUAUGGAAUAAACGGGAACAUCACCCAACUGCAGAGACCGCUUGGACAUUGGUUACUUAAAGCUUGUUGAGAACACUUGGCCAUCCAUUCUGAUGGUUACAGGAAAGCCUCUAUAGUGUGGCUCAUGCUUUGUGCUGCUGUUUUACUGCCCAGUGCACUUUACUGUAACAUAAAGGUGUUGUGGUUCAUUUGGAGAAUAAGGGAAAAAACAAGCACUUAUGUACAGGUUUAGCUGCAUUUUUAUUAUGGCUGCAACUAAUGAUUAUUUUGGUAAUUGACUAAUCGUUCUAAUUUUUUGUCGAUUAGUCAUGACUAUUUAAUGCCUGACUAUUUUGAUGCCUGCGACCUGUGGUUGCACAUCCAGUGCAUGUCUUACCUCAUCUGCUCACGUCUGUCCCCCUGUGAAUGUCCCCCUGAUGUGUCUUCAUUAAGACGAUUCAAAUUUGUAAUAAUCAAAUUAAAAUAACAACCAGUUAAACAUAUGAAUUUGAAAAUAAUCAGAUGUUUUUAUAUUAGUGUGACCAUCACAAUACAAAAGAAAUGCAUUAGAUACAAACUAAAGUGCACAUUGGUGACAAAGUCCAAAAGUUUAAAUAAAACUUCAAUUCAAAUAAAAUAAAACAAUGUAUAAAAUAUUCAAUUUAUAUAUUCCUGAUUGCAGUGCAGGAACGUGAGCAUCUCGACAUGCUCUGGUGUGAGACUGGCUCUCUUCUUUGAGACAAUAUUCCCAGCUGCUAAGAAGAGACGCUCAGAGGGAGUAGAGGUAGCAGGAAUACACAAGAAUGAAUGGGCUGCUCUCCAAAGAACAUCAACACCUGGCAUGGGAUAACAGAUAAAAAUUAGCCACUUGGCUACAUCUGAAAUGUUUAAUAUGCACUAUUCUUAUUUCAAUAAAUAAAUAAAUCUUGCUUCAUUGGUAA